UCCCCACCCUUCUACCUCGCAGUCAUCCCCGAGAAGGAGCCGCCGCCGCCGCGCAAACCCUAGCAGGCUUCGCCGCCGUCACUCCUCCUCGGGGCGCAACCAUGGUGGCCACAAAGAAGUCGAAGAAGUCCACGGACAACAUCAACAACAAGCUGCAGCUUGUUAUGAAGAGCGGCAAGUACACGCUCGGCUACAAGACCGUCCUCAGGACUCUCAGGAACUCCAAGUCGAAGCUGGUGAUCAUUGCUAACAACUGCCCUCCCUUAAGGAAGUCUGAAAUUGAGUACUAUGCUAUGCUGGCUAAGGUCACUGUUCACCACUUCCAUGGAAACAAUGUUGACCUGGGUACGGCCUGUGGUAAAUACUUCCGUGUGUGCUGUCUCAGCAUUAUUGAUCCAGGUGAUUCUGAUAUCAUCAAGACUACACCUGGUGACCAGUAAGGAAGCGGCAUCUGUACCCCUUCUCUGCAUCCGUCUGUUCUAGUGUAGUAGUGGAUCUUGCUGGACUUGUUCUUUCAUCUUAAAUUGUGUUAAACGGCAUUUACCUGCCAGUAAACUGAGUUCUUGGGAACAUUGUCUUGGAUUGAAAAUUUUGUUCCUGGAACCGACACUUUCAACGGAAGUUUGACCUAUGGUCGGCACAGAUCUGAGUUCAGUUUUUGUUGCUCCGAUAUGAUCAA